GUAAUUUGCCUCUUCCUUGGCCAAUGGGAGCCGGAGCACUUUUCCAUCAAACCUCCCUUUUCAUGAUUUGUCGAGAGGCGAACUUCUCCAAAUGUUACUGCUACAGGAUCGGAGUUAGACUUGACACCGACAGCUCAGACACAGGCUGCUGCUGCUACUACUCUGAGACGUGGUUUCAUAAACUAUCGGGACGAAUGAAGACUGGGGGAUCUAUACGGAUUUUGGCGCAUAAUGUUGGGAUGGAGUUUCGAGACUUGUUUGGCUCCAAAGAAGACUAGAAAACCUUCUGAAUUGUCGCCAGUGGUGCUGGAUGCGCUCCUCUUCUAUGUUGGAUUAUUGUCGCUUUUUCUGAAAUCGCACCGAUUCGCUGUCGCUUCACUCUGCGCCCCGUUCACCCUCUUUGGACUAUGGCCUCGGAUCGCGGGGUCCCAGCGGCCAGUGUCUUUGGAGACUUACCCCCGAGUUAUACGCGCUCCCAGCUUCCUACGAACCCAGACCUACUCCGGAGACCCAGCUACUGCCACGCUGCUUUCGCACUUAAACAGAUCUCAAAGGGGAAGGCAGUAGGUCAGAAAGCUCCUCUGUGGAUCCGGGCGAGGUUCCAGGCCCUCCUGUUCUCUCUGGGCUGCCACAUCCAGAGGCACUGUGGGAAGGUCCUCUUUAUUGGACUCUUAGUAUUCGGGGCUCUAUCUGUGGGACUGCGAGUCGCAGCUAUCGAAACGAACAUUGAACAACUAUGGGUGGAAGCUGGCAGUCGGGUGAGCACAGAGCUUAGCUACACCCGAGAGAAGCAGGGAGAGGAGUCUGUGUUUACCUCACAGAUGCUUAUCCAGACCCCCAAAGAAGAGGGCACCAAUAUUCUUACCCAGGAGGCGCUGUUGGUUCACAUGGAAGCUGCCAUGUCUGCCAGCAAGGUCCAGGUGUCGUUGUUUGGAAAAUCGUGGGAUCUUAACAAAAUAUGCUAUAAAUCAGGAGUUCCAAUUAUAGAAAAUGUCAUGAUUGAAAGAAUGAUUGACAAGCUAUUCCCCUGUAUGAUAAUCACCCCAUUGGACUGUUUUUGGGACGGAGCCAAACUACAGGGAGGCUCCGCCUAUUUACCGGGUAUGCGCGAUAUCCAGUGGAUGAAUCUAGAUCCAGUCAAGCUGAUGGAGGAACUGAGUCAGUUCACUUCACUGGAAGGAUUUAAGGAGAUGUUGGACAAAGCCCAGGUGGGCCAUGCUUACAUGAACAGGCCUUGUCUAAACCCGGCAGACCCCGACUGUCCUCUUAGUGCUCCCAAUAAGGAGCAAGGAGAGAGUCCUGACAUUGCUGGACAUCUCCAAGGCGGUUGCCAUGGUUUCAGCCGGAAGUUUAUGCACUGGCAGGAGGAGCUGAUCCUGGGAGGGCGGGUCAAGAACAGCCAGGAUACUCUGCUGAGUGCGGAGGCUCUCCAAACCAUGUUCCUGUUGAUGAGUCCCAAGCAGCUGUAUGAGCACUUCAAAGAUGACUACGAAAUCCAUGACAUCAAUUGGAAUGAAGAAAAGGCCACCGCCAUCCUUGAGUCUUGGCAGAGGAAGUUUGUGGAGGUGGUUCAUCAGAGCAUCCCAACUAAUUCCAGCCAGUCCAUCCACGCUUUCUCCACCACCACCCUCAAUGACAUCAUGAAAUCUUUUUCCGACGUCAGCGUCAUCAGAGUGGCCGGAGGCUACCUGCUCAUGCUGGCCUAUGCCUGUGUGACUAUGCUAAGGUGGGACUGUGCUAAGUCCCAGGGAGCCGUGGGGCUUGCUGGGGUGCUGUUGGUGGCUCUGUCAGUGGCUGCAGGGCUGGGUCUCUGCUCACUGCUUGGCCUCUCCUUCAACGCUGCCACCACACAGGUGCUUCCCUUCCUGGCACUAGGGAUUGGUGUGGAUGACAUGUUUCUCUUGGCUCACUCCUUCACAGAAACUGGAAGCAACAUCCCCUUUAAGGAGCGCACAGGAGACUGUUUGCGUCGCACCGGCACCAGUGUGGCUCUGACUUCCAUAAACAACAUGAUUGCAUUCUUUAUGGCCGCUCUCAUACCCAUCCCUGCCUUGCGAGCUUUCUCUUUGCAGGCAGCCAUUGUGGUUGUGUUUAACUUCACCAUGGUGCUGCUCAUCUUCCCCGCCAUCCUCAGUUUGGACCUCCACCGGCGUGAGGACAAGCGUUUGGAUAUCCUCUGCUGCCUGUACAGCCCCUGCUCUGACCGGGUUAUCCACCUCUCUCCUCACGAGCUGUCGGACACCGGAGAGCAGCCUCACACGCCGACAACAGCAGCGGCGCACACACACCAGUACGCUGCAGCAUCCACGAUCACCACCAGCACUCAGAUCACCACCACAGUGCAGGCAUUCACACAGUGCGACGCAGCAGGACAGCACAUUGUUACAAUCCUACCACCUACCUCACAGAUCUCCACUAGCCCACCCUCCAUCAUCCUCUGCCCCACUUCCCAGGCCCAAGCCAUCACACCAUCCACCACCACAACCUCAGUGCUGGAUCCCUAUGGCUCCCAGCUCUUCACUCCUACCUCCAGCUCCACACGGGAUCUCUUAGCCCAGGUGGAGGAGUCCAGAUCCAGAAAGAAGUGUGUCCCGCUCCCAUUCCUGCGCUGGAAUCUCUCCAGCUUUGCCAGGGAGAAAUACGCACCUCUACUUCUCAAACCUAAAAGCAAAGCCAUCGUUGUGGUGCUGUUCCUGGGCCUCUUGGCCCUCAGCUUGUACGGGACCACCAUGGUGCAUGACGGCCUCUACCUGACUGACAUCGUGCCACGUGACACCAAGGAGUAUGAUUUCAUAGACGCCCAGUUCAAAUAUUUCUCCUUCUACAACAUGUACCUGGUGACCAUGGAUGGGUUCGAUUAUGCUCGGUCACAGAGACUGCUGAUCCAGUUGCACAACGCUUUCAACUCUGUUAAAUACGUGGUCAGAGACAGCAACAACAAACUCCCCCGCAUGUGGCUGCAUUACUUCCAGGACUGGCUCAGAGGUCUUCAGGCCGCUUUUGAUGCUGACUGGCAGGCAGGCAGGAUUAAUGCUGACAGCUAUCGUAAUGGCACAGAGGACGGAGCUCUGGCAUACAAGCUCCUUAUCCAGACCGGUUCCAAGAAAGAUCCCUUUAACUACAGCCAGCUGACGUCUCACCGCCUUGUGGAUGCAGAGGGUCUGAUCCCCCCGGAGGUGUUUUACAUUUACUUGACAGUUUGGGUCAGCAAUGAUCCUUUGGGUUAUGCUGCCUCCCAGGCAAACUUCUACCCCCAUCCCAGAGAGUGGAUUCACGACAAGUAUGACGCUACAGGGGAGAAUCUGCGCAUCCCAGCUGCAGAGCCCUUGGAGUUUGCUCAGUUCCCCUUCUACCUGAAUGGCCUUCGCCAGGCCAAUGACUUUGUAGAGGCCAUCGAGAGUGUGCGGGCUGUCUGCGAUGAGUUUAGCCGUAAGGGUUUGUUCAACUACCCAAACGGAUACCCUUUCCUGUUCUGGGAGCAGUACAUUGGCCUAAGACACUGGUUCCUCCUGUCGAUCAGUGUCGUGCUGGCCUGCACCUUCCUGGUCUGUGCAAUUCUCCUGCUCAGCCCGUGGACGGCUGGUAUCAUUGUGUUUAUCUUGGCCAUGAUGACAGUGGAGCUGUUCGGUAUCAUGGGUCUGAUUGGCAUCAAGCUGAGCGCCAUCCCUGUGGUCAUCUUGAUUGCCUCUGUGGGCAUCGGAGUAGAGUUCACUGUUCACAUUGCACUGGGCUUCCUGACAGCCAUUGGCAACAGAAACAAGCGCUCGGCGGUGGCUCUGGAGCACAUGUUUGCCCCGGUGGUUGACGGAGCGAUCUCCACACUGCUGGGCGUUCUCAUGCUGGCAGGGUCAGAGUUUGACUUCAUCAUGAGGUAUUUCUUUGCUGUGUUGGCAAUCCUGACUAUGCUGGGGAUGCUGAAUGGUUUGGUUCUCCUACCAGUCCUCCUGUCCAUGAUGGGCCCUCCAGCUGAGCUCACCCCAGCUGACAAUGCGAGCCGCCUGCCCACGCCUUCCCCUGAGCCACCACUGCCUCCACCCAUGACCCACCAUGGGUACUACACAGGACACCACAACCCACAGUCAUCUCAUCGACAAGCAUUUUCAGAGUUGUCAGACUCUGAGUAUUACUCUGAGAUGACCACCACAUCAGGGAUCGGGGAAGAUGAUUUUAAGUACUGUGACCGGAGUGCAUACAUAGCAUCACACACCAGCGUUCCACCUGCUACAUCUCACAUACUACUAGAAGCCAGCAAGAAUCCCAGCUUCCCAAAGCUCACGGUGGUGAAACCAUUCAGAGACAAUGCAACAGGCACCGGUGGCAGGAGAGAUCUGUUAAAUGAAACUUCACACAAAGCGCAGUCACCUCUCAGCUCCCAGGUUACGUGCUGGGAUGGAAACCAGUGGGAGCAGCAGCAGGGCCUUCAGAGGUUCCAGGUUCAGUCUGGCCAACACUUACCUAGUGAUAGAGCUCAUUCUGGGAGGACUUGUCAAAGUGGCCCCAGGCUUCAGAGCAGCCGAGGGCCUCAGCCAAACAGGACUAAGGGGCCGAGCUAUAGCAGCAGCAAUUCCGCUCUGCCGACACAACAAGGCUCCAGCGGGGGACCUGUUACUAUGGUUACAGCCACAGCCUCUGUGACGGUUGCUGUGCAUCCGACCUUGCCAGGGGCAACAUACCAAGGCUACAUGCAUGAAGGUUUUGACACAGACAGUGAGUCGGACUGUUUUGAGGCCGCUAACAGGACGUGUGGUGACAAAACAAACUUUUCUUCAUGUAAGAUAGACUCUCUAGAGCUCCAGGACUUGGAAGCAACACAGGGCCAGACAGAGCUAAAAUACAAGGUGGGUUGAGGAUCCAUGCAACCAUGAUUACUAGACUCCCUCUCACAUGCUGUGCCUUCCCUCUUCGAGUCUCUGGUUGCUUCCCAGAGCACCCUGAUGCACACAUGGUGUCACAUCAUGUCAUGAACUCUCAGUUGUACAUAGACUUCACACAAAAAGGAGAGGCUUUAUUUCAACAAAAGACUGACUUGUUUUAAGAAUUAUAUAAAUUUAUGAGUAUAUAUUUUAAUACUAAAAAAGAGGGAAGCUAUUUAAAGAGUACUGUAUAACUUGGGUAUACUCUUUUGUAAAAUUUCAGAUGUAAAAGAUUAUUUUUGGGGUAGUGGAUGAUUUUUCCACUCCAUGAUGUAUAGAAUAAGAAAUGUGCUAUAUGUAAAGAAAAAUAAAGUCCAUAAAAUGUUAAUAAGAUAUUAGGCUAUUGAACAAACAUGGUCAGUGUUUUAUUUCAAUUUGUAUUAUGUUCUUUUUUUGCUGCUACACUUCAAAAUAACUUUAAGUGAUUUGCCUUAAAAACAUGCAGUUCCCCCUCUUCCCCCUAUACUUUGUGCACAGUAUUAUACUGUGAGAUAUUCUGCAUCUGACACUCUCUCUUAAUGUUAUAUUUCUGUCUGGGUGCCCCAUGGUCCUCUGCAGUUUUAAGCUACUUGAAGGAGCUGUGAUCAUUUUUUCUCUUCUGCAGUUUUUGUAAGCUCUACGGUGGGUGAAAUUCAUAUUUGUCACUUUGUGUUUGACAAAAGCGUUCAUUUUCCUUUAUUAUUUUGGAAGGGAACUAUAAAAUUCAGUGAAAGGGAGUGAUUUUAUUUGAUUUAAUGACUUAGAUUUUUUUUUGUUUAGCUUGCUGCUUUAGGAUUAUAACAUGUUCAUGUUGUUGUGGUCCUGUGCAAUCAUUACAUCAUGUAAACUGGUUCAACCUUUUUAAUGCUUCAUCCCGCUCUGGCUCACUUUCUUCUCACAUUUCUUUCAUUCUUAGGAUUAUCAUUUCAUUUCCUUUACCAAGUUUCUCUUAUUCAGUAUUGGUCUCAUCACUGCCAAAUUUAAUUGCAGGGAAAUUUUGCCAAUCUGUUCUUUAAUAUGUCAUUUUUAAAUGGCAGCUUUGGUUUCUUUUGUAUAUAUAAAAAAUGAAAUACAUAGCUACUGUGCAGUUGUAAAUAACUGAGCAAAAUGAGCAAAGCACCAUUUACAGUUUGAACAGAGCGUAGACAGCCAGGAGGUGUUGUCAGACAGUGGUGAGGAGUUUGGAGGGGGGCUCCUGCAUUGUUUUGUAGUUUAUUUCAGAAAAUUGUUAAUGUCAUGCCAUAUAAAUUAUUUAUA